AUGCCUAAGAACAGCAAGGUGACGCAGCGCGAGCAGAGCAAUGAGCACGUCACUGAGUCGGUGGCCGACCUGCUCGCACACGAGGAGCCGCUGGACUACAAGAGCAGCUCCCUGAACGUUGGAGGGGCUGCAGGGAAGAAGGCCCCGCAGAGAGAGGUGCCCGAGAACGAUGGGCGUCCUGCCUGGAACAGCAAGCUCCAGUACAUCUUGGCCCAGGUGGGCUUCUCUGUGGGACUGGGCAACGUGUGGCGCUUCCCUUACCUGUGCCAAAAGAAUGGAGGAGGUGCCUACCUGGUCCCCUACUUCAUCCUCCUCCUCCUCAUUGGCAUCCCGCUCUUCUUCUUGGAGCUGGCGGUGGGUCAGAAGAUACGACGUGGGAGCAUCGGUGUGUGGAACUACGUGUGUCCCAGUCUGGGUGGAAUAGGGAUGUCAAGUCUGAUGGUGUGUGGCUUUGUGGGUCUCUACUAUAACGUGAUCAUUGGCUGGAGCAUCUUCUACUUCUUCCAGUCCUUCCAGUAUCCUCUGCCAUGGAGCGACUGUCCAAUCAGAAAGAACGGGACACUUGCCAUUGUGGAGCCCGAGUGUGACAAAAGCUCAGCCACGACUUAUUUCUGGUACCGACAAACCCUGAACACGACCAGCACGAUCGCAGAGAGCGGCGGCCUCAACGUCAAAAUGACCCUGUCUCUGUUGGUGGCCUGGAUCAUCGUCUGUCUCGCCGUCAUUAAAGGAAUCGCCUCCUCUGGGAAGGUGAUGUACUUCAGCUCUCUUUUCCCCUACGUGGUGCUCUUUUGUUUCCUUGUGAGGGGGUUAAUGCUGAAGGGAUCGGUGGAUGGUAUCGCUCACAUGUUCACUCCCAAGCUGGAGAAGAUGUUGGAGCCCCAGGUUUGGAGGGAAGCAGCCACCCAGGUGUUUUUCGCCCUGGGUCUGGGCUUUGGAGGAGUGAUAGCUUUUUCCAGUUACAAUAAGAUAGACAACAACUGUCAUUUUGAUGCUGUGCUCGUCUCAGUCAUCAACUUCCUGACCUCCAUUCUAGCCACGCUGGUGGUGUUUGCUGUGCUGGGCUUCAAGGCGAACAUCAUGAACGAAAAGUGUGUCGUCGAGAAUUCUGAGAAGAUCCUGGGGUACCUCAACUCAAACGUCCUGAGUCAUGAUCUCAUCCCUCCGCACAUGAACUUCUCCCAUCUCAGCACAUCAGACUAUGCUGAGAUGUAUGGGGUCAUCAAGGCAGUCAAAGAGGGUGGCUUCGCCCAGCUGGGUCUGGAGCCUUGUGUCCUUGAGGACGAGCUCAACAAGGCUGUCCAGGGCACCGGCCUGGCUUUCAUCGCCUUCACAGAGGCCAUGACCCAUUUCCCAGCAUCUCCAUUCUGGUCAGUCAUGUUCUUCUUCAUGCUCAUUAACCUCGGCCUGGGCAGCAUGAUUGGAACCAUGACCGGCAUCACUACACCCGUACUCGAUGCCUACAAAGUCCAGAAGGAGCUUUUCACAGUGUGUUGCUGCAUUGUCGCCUUCCUGUGUGGCCUGUUGUUCGUUCAGCGCUCAGGGAAUUACUUUGUCACCAUGUUUGAUGAUUACUCUGCUGGUCUGCCUCUCACUGUCGUUGUCAUCCUGGAAAAUGUGUCUGUCGCUUGGAUUUACGGUACUAAAAGGUUCAUGCAGGACCUGGAGGACAUGUUGGGUUUCCGACCAUGCAUUAUCUAUUUCUACCUGUGGAAAUAUGUCUCCCCGUUCUGCCUCAUCAUUCUCAUCUCAGCCACUGUCAUAGAGAUGGCCAUCAGCCCACCAGGAUACAACGCCUGGGUUGAAGAGCUGGCUCAGGAACGUUUCCAGAGUUACCCUCCCUGGGCACUUGCCAUGUGCUUCGCUCUAAUCGUUGUGGCCAUGCUUCCUGUCCCCAUCGUCUUCAUCGCUCGUCACUUCAACUUGAUGUCCGAUGGCUCCAACAAGCUGUCUGUCUCCUAUCGUAAAACCAUGAUGAAGGACAUCUCUAACCUGGAGGAGCAGGAUGAGGCCAGAUCUAUCCUCGGCGCCAAACCCGGUGAGGCGCCAUCAUCAGCCCCAGCACACAAAGCAUACCUCACUCCUGGAGAGAACAAACCCCUGGACCCGAACUCCCUGUCUCCAAACAGCUGUUACGGUACAAGCUACCAAAAUGCUGCCAUCAGUCCCACCACGCCAACAACACCGACCACGCCUGUCAUGCCAGAGUCCGACUCCUGACUGCUGUCCAAACAUCCAGUCCUGUAGCACAGUUUACCUUUCAGCCAUAAAGUCUCCACCAGGGGUCACUGCAGCUCCAAGAGUCCCCACCACUGCCCUGCUAACACCACUAAACUGUAUGUAGUCGCCUAAUUUAUCUGAGCACACACAUCCCAAAAACAAAUUCUCCAUGGUUUCCAUGUAGGCAGUACGGAGAUAUACGUCAAAAACAGAAGGGAAAAAAAGACAAAAUUCACUCUUAACAGUGACACACUGUAUACAGCACUAUUCUGUUUGUAUUUGAAAUCACAGUAUUUAUGUGCUUGAGCUGAACGUCUGUGAUCUGCUUUUCUUUGCCUUAGUAUAAGGACCCUCAGCAGACAUAGCCCCCUCACAUUAUAAUGCACACCCCUGUGCAGGGGAUCUGAAAGAACGAAUGUAGUGGAGCUUGUGUGGUUCUGCUGAGUGAACUGGGUUUUCACUGCAGCAGAGGCACUGAGAGGCCGAAAUGAAUGUGCGUAUAAGGUUAAGUGUUGUAUAGAUACUGUGCGUCAAAGCCAUACAGCUUAACACAGAUUAAGUUCUUUUCUAUUAGAGAAUAUGCAGUGAUUUCACCAUGUCUACAUUGAGCUCUGUUCUGCUCAAUAUAUAUAUACAACUGUGCUGUAGAAAAUCACUCAUUUCAGUUUGUCCGACAAGGAGAAAAAGAACACAACAAAAAACUUGAACAGGAAGCACAGCUUUGUUUUUGUUGCUUCUUUGGUGCAGCUCUGACAAAAUGACAAUGCUACAAAAGCACAAAAGAGAUUUUACAUAUUUAUAAUGCACAAGCAAAUUUACCUAUUAUUUUAAAAAUGUAUCCAUGUAAAGAAUUAAAAUAAUUGCUGUCUUUAACCAGGUCAGACACAAUGAUGAAGCAAUAUAUAGCACAAAAUAAAAUGCACAAACUAUAUUCUUUAUGGACGAAAAUUAUAACAAACACUCAAAACAAAAAUCAGCAAUGGACCUAAAGAUAUAUGAAGUUAAAUAUAUAUUUAAUUAAUAUUAAACUCAUAUUUUGAUAGUAUGAACUUCUCAAUGCCUUAGACUCCUCACAUGUUCAUGCUUGUACACGGGCAAAAAAUAAAUACAUGAAUAUAACACAAAUGUGCAAAUGUUCUGUAUAUUUGUGAAAUAUUACUGGACGUGCAGCACCAGGUGUCCUCUUUGAUAAAGGUCUUUGACUCCUGACAAAGUUAAGACAGUCAAAGGAAGCACAUAUAAGUUCAUGUUGCAUAUAAGAGAGUACUUUUAUUUAUUUUUGUUCAAAACAAUGGUGUUAAAAGCGGACAGUGUUUAUAUUCCUGUAUAUUUCCAGUGUAUGUAGGUGUAAUGAAUAACAAAGAUUUAUCUUUUACAAGUGACCAGUAUAUAAAUAUCUGUAUAUUUUCAUCUUAUGUAGCCUAAAACUUAAUGAGGUUGUAUAUUUUAAGAUUUAUCUAUUUUGUAGUUUGAUGUGAAAACACUGCGGGCGGUUGGAAGUGAUGUGUUUGUGUUUGUGUGUGUGUGUGUGUGUGCGUGUGUGGUUGCACCUCAUGUUCAGUGAUGUCCGCUCACCUGUCUCCACUUUAGGUUAACUGGUCUACUUGUUUGUAGCCACACUAGCAGUUAAGCACAAAUUGCUCUUAGUUCAUGACACGAUACCUAUGAAAUAAUCACAUUAAACAACAAGGAACAUUUCCACAGGAGCUCAGGUUUGUAUAUUUUCAACUUGCAUGCACAUGUCCUCAUCUAAAUUUCUGUGAGAAACUUUAUCCUCGACACGUUGCACACUCAGAAACAUUGUGUGUCACUAGUGUGGCUACAAACUUUAAGUCUUGUUUAGUUUCUCGUGCUGUUUUAGUUUGUGUGACCCAGGUAUUUCCUGUUGAGGGUGUAUCAUGUAGAUCUGUCUGUUGUUCAAGUCUGUAAAUAAUCUUGUAUAACCGAAUUAUU